GGUAAAAGUUAUCAACGGUCCUAUUAGAAAGGAAUGGAAACAAAGAAUUUUGCUUUUUCUCAACCGGCAAAAAACGAAUGGUAAAAAGUGGAAUUCCCUUCGAUGAAAAAUUCCGUAAAUUAUUUAUGGUAUGACUUCAUAUCUCUAAAUCAUUUAACUUGGGCUGGGCUUAUACUAAACCGAUGUUAGUUUGAAGUUUGAACAAAGUGUCUUAAGGGCUGUAGCCAAUCUGCAAAGCCCAGAAAGAAGCAUCCCGGUUGACUUAACAACUUCAAACACAUGUCCUGCUUAUGUCGACGUGCAACUGCUACGUGGUGAAGAACCAAACCUUCAAAUCACACUCUACACAAACGUGGCAACAAUGCACCUCUGCCUCUUCAAAACCAGAUAGAAAAACCAACUGAGCCAAUUUGAAGAGUGAAAAUAAAAGCGCGAUCAUGACAGGGAAUGAAGAUUGGAGGAAAAACGCGGACACACACAAAAUGAGUCCAGAGGACGUGAAAGCAGCAGGUGUAGAGGGAUCCAAGAGGCCUCCAGGAAACAACCCUGGUGGGGUUCUCCACCAGCGGCGCAACCUUCCCUUUAGUAGAACCACCAUGGCCAUCGGCGGGUUCCUCAUCACAGCAGCCAUCGGUUACAUGGUCUUGUACAGCAAGAAAAAGCCCGAAGCCAGUGCCAGGGACGUCGCUAAGGUGGCCACCAAUACUGCAGAUCCCAAGGAUACCCACCCCCGGAAAUGAAGAUUUGAAUCUUUUGUGUUUUCCUGAGUAGUUCUUGUUGUUAGUUUUGUGUUUUUACUAGGUUGGCUGCGGAUAAUAAAGGGAUAGUAAGUUUAAGCAUGAAUUCUACUAGUAAAUGUGUUUUCCGUCACUCUCUCCCAAAACACUCGAAUGCGUAAGCAAAUUGUGUUUCGGACACUUGGAAAUUCAUUGAACAGAAAUUGUAUCAACGCAAUCAAUCAAACAGAAUUGUUCUAUCGUGGUAGCUUAACACAAAAUAUUUAUCAAUUUGGCAAAGACUCCCUGCCGUGAGAGCCACAUGACCAUGUAUGUGUCAAUUAUGCAAUUCCAUGUUCGGCAACUAAAAACUAAGUCACUUAAAUGCACAGCCUAUGAAGUAUGAACGCAAGAAACAAUGGUAAUAUGUAUCGUAGAAACAACAAUUAAUCCCAAAUGGACACCCGACUACAUUAAGUUUAUAAAAACGCAGCUGAAACUAAUUAGUCAUUAUCAAUUUAUCAUUGCAAUAAAAAUAUCAAAAACGAACUCCACUGACUUAUCUGGCACAAACCAUCAUCAAAAUACUGUGAUUAAUUGGCUCGGCUGCAGCCACGACCACGAACCAUACGCAAUGCUAAGUGCCAGUAAAAGGCUUACCGGAAUCAACUCCGACUAUUCAAUGCCGUCCCUAUUUCAACCCCCCAUUUGAAGACAAAUUAUGUGCGGUCUCAAGAGAAGUAAUGGAACAUGCUGGCUACCAUAUUCCACAAUUUUCACCGAAUGAAUGCCAAUGUCUCGACAUGAGGGGAAAAAAAACAUAAGCAUCACAAAUCUUCUUGAUGGCCUAAAUUAGAUGAUGUGUGUUCCCAAUACAAAUAGCAAAUUGAACCAAAAAGAAAACGCUACGACAAUAGAAACUUGACCUCAGUCUACGUUCAAAAAUGAUCAAAAGAAGUAUACAUAUGGGGGGCAUGAUCA